UACCUUAAAUCAGCCAGCCGCCAGAUUCAAAAAGCUUUCUUGCACUCAUUACUCUCUGUGACAGGGGCUGACCCGUCGAGAGCGGAAAAGUCGCUGCAGGAAACUCCAAACCUUCAAAGAGCACAGGAUAAUUUAACUGAAAGUCUUCGUGAAGACCCUCGCUCCCGGGCCCAGGCGGUUAAUUUUGUCCUCCUCUUCACAUUUACCCUGUUGAUCAUCGAUGCCGAUUCCAGGGGCCCGGAAAAUCUCCAUGGUCAGAACGGGAUUAGUAAGACGGUUCUCAUUGAUGCUGCAUUCCCUAUCGCGCAUCAUCUCGCGCGGUCGUAUGAUCAGCUUGAUAGCUGUAACAUAGAUGACAAGGACAUUGAUUCUGACGGCAAUCUUGCAAGAAGGAAUUGGACUGUCCUGAUGAUCUUGUCUCGCUGGCAUAGCCUAAGCGUGGCUGGUCGGGAUGUUUUUGGUGUUUUUGAAGCUGCUAUGCCCGAAGAUCGUGGUAUCCUCAGCUUUGCUUCUCUACAGCUUGCCCGCUAUUCGACAUCAGUCUCCGAAAUCAUCGAAGUACUCUUCGACAACACUGUUCACCCUUCGUUUGGACGGAUGAACAGUCACUCUCUCCGCCGCCUCUACUACGGCCAACUCAAACGUCUCAAGGACCUUGAGUCCUGGCAUGAACCCACUGGUGAUGAUGAAAUGAGCACAACGUACACCGAAUCCGUUUGCCCACUACUAUUCUGGACCCUCACCCUCCUCUUGAAAAGGCAACUCUAUACAUCCGUCCCUGCUGAGGUACUAUACCCUGCACAAGUCAUCCUCGACCUUCUCAUGCAGCACUCCGACUCAGAUAAGUUCAUCACAUCGCCAUUCCAUCAUCACGCCCUGGCUCUUGCCAUUAUGACCUUAUUGGAAUCCACAGACCUCCCCGAAUUGGCAGCAGAUGCAUGGAUAUCCCUAGACAAAGCACUCCAGAUCAUCAGUCAACGCGAUAAGCAUACCACAGCAGCUGAAGAGUUUGGCAAUAUAUUCUACACUCGAUCAUGGGGAGAAUGCUUCCGUGCAAUGAUUGAAGUCAAGGUCGCCGCUUUCCGGUCCACGCAGCAGGGCUCUGGUGCCGUGGGAUCCAGCGAACAGCGCUCCCUUGAGCAUCUGGCAGAUUUGGCAGUUGGGGCUGGUGGUGCUGCAGCUGCUGCAGCUGCCGCCGCCGCCGCUGCGGCUGGCACAAAUACAGAGAACCAGACUGCUCGUUCGGGAACUGCUGGUGCAGAGGAUGCUGCUAGCGGUAGCCAGGCAAACACUAAUGCUGAUGCUGCCACAGGCCAAAAGGACAGAGCAGAUAUACGUGUCUAUGUUGACUUUACACAGUUAACUAAGAGAGGAUAUCUCAAUGUGUUUGCUGGGCUAUAG